AAGCUGCACUUUCAUUUCUUGAAAAGAUGAUUUAAUAUUUAGCGUUCUCUUUGUAAAAGCCCAAGAUAAAAGGAGUUUUUGGUAUCGGCGUAAGGAGUCCUAUUCUCACCUGGAAAUUAGUUAGGAUAGCUACACAGAGAAUGCCUAAAUCAAAGGAACUUGUGUCUUCAAGCUCAUCUGCAAGUGAUUCAGAUAGUGAAGUUGACAAAAAGGCAAAGCGGAAAAAGCAAGCAGCUCCAGAAAAGCCUGUAAAGAAACAAAAGACGGGUGAAAGUUCAAAAGGUGCCGCUUCUUCUAAGCAAAGCAGCAAUAGAGACGAGAAUAUGUUUCAGAUUGGCAAAAUGAGGUAUGUCAGCGUUCGUGACUUUAAAGGGAAAGUUUUAAUUGAUAUUAGAGAAUACUGGAUGGAUCAAGAAGGAGAAAUGAAGCCUGGCAGAAAAGGUAUUUCUUUAAAUCCAGAGCAGUGGAACCAGCUGAAGGAACAGAUUUCUGAUAUUGAUGAUGCAGUAAGAAAACUGUAAAGACAGAGCCAUACAGAAAUCUUUAUCACUUUAGUUGUUCCAAGCAGUCUUUUUACAUUGGCUUUUGUUUUCUAAAAUAUUGUUUCCAAGCUAUUGUAUAUUUGGAUUGCAAAACAAUUUGUAAAAUGAAUAAUUUUUUUAUGUGCAUUAAACAUGUAUUCUGAGUGAGGCUAUUUGUGUAUACUUUACUAAAAGGAAAUGUGUUGCUUUCACCUCAUGGUGUAAAAUAAACAAAUCAAGUAAUAUGUAAUGCUGUUUGUGUUUGUUUGUGGCCUUUUCUUUAAAGAUAUUUGCUGAUAAGGCCACCAACUAGUUGUAGGCUUUUCUUAAUUUAGUUGAUAGUUACUGAGUUUGUUUUCUAAGGAGAUUUUUAAAAUGUCUCCGUUUAGAUUUUUUGUUUUGUUUCAUAUCCUUUGCUGUUGCCCUCAGCUUUCAGCUUUAAAACUUGAUACAAACAGCGAAUACCUGGUAAAACACAUUUUUGUAGAUAAUUUUAAAUACUGUAUUUGCUAAUUUACCCUAUUUAUUCAGAUGUAAACAGUCCUGAGUAUGUAGACUUCCUUUCAUAUUUGCAUGAAGUGUUAUGCUAAACAGUAACACUGGAACACCAUCCACACAUCAUCAAUUCUAAUUUUUGUAUAGCUUGCUUGACUUAGGAAAUACAAUUAGGCUUUAUUCAAGGACCCUAGAUCUUAGAAUGUGAUGCAUAAACUUUUACAGUAAUAGACAUAUACCUCAGAGUAAGACAGUAUUUAAAAAUCUCCAGACUUGGUUAUUAGUUUAGGUGCCCUUUUCAAACUUUGCAUUAAACUCAUUCUUGAACACAUACUGACUAGUUAUUCCAUAGAAAACAAGAUUUAAUAUGUCUCUGUAGGGCUUCUGUUUGUUUGAGAGUAUUGUAUAAACAACACUGCUUAAACUAGGCUGUAACACAGGUUAAACAGUCAUACAGGGUUAAAAUAUCUUCAGCCAAAAUAUCAGGCUAUCAUGCCUUUGCCCUGUACUCACUGCCUGACCAAAUCAUUUAACUUGGCUUGCCUUGUGCAGCUUACAUGUGUACAACUUUUAUCUUUUUUUGUAGAAGGUACUUAGUGCUUACAGUGAAGCACUGGUACAUAGUGAAUCCAUAACUCUAGCAAACUUCAGUCAUCCACCAGUGUACUAUUCUGAUAAGAGAAGCUUCUAUCCAGUGGAGGUUCUGUUAAGACUAGGUGUUGCCUCAAAUGAGGGAAAUCUUGGUAGGUGUCAUGUAGUUAUGGAGUGAAAAAGGGAGAAUAUGAUGUUUGUGUAGAACUUGGAGAAAUAGCGGGCACUCCAGUAGAGAAAUUAACAUUGAAGGAUCAAAGUUAGCUGACAUAGAAUAACUACAGUGAAGAACCUUUCCAUUAGUGGAAAUGGAAAAGAGUUCAUUUUCUGACUUACUUCAGUUAACAGAAAGAAGAUGAUGAACCAACUUUGUGAAAAUUGACAUUUCAGGAAUAUGUAAUGAAUGUACAAUUUUUUUGUUUCAGCUGUGAUUUUCCCAUUUGAUGGUAAACUUAAAAGUAUUUUUAAAUUUUGUAUAGAUAAACAAGAUUUGCUACUUAAUUCUGGGGUAACUUAAUAUAAUUGUUUAUACUGAAGACAUGCAUGGACAUCCUGUUCUGCUAAGUGCCAUACGCAGACUGUUGUUGUGCUGCAGAGUUUAUAAUUCAAUACACAUGGUAUAUGAAGGGUGAGAGAAAGUGACUUAAUGAUAUUAAAUAUGUAUUAUUUAAUUUAAAUAUUAUGUAAGAUACUUCAUUCUGGUUUUUAACUUAUCUGAAAUAUGAAUUUAAGAACUACAGUGAGGGUGAAUAAAAGGUGAAGAGAUGUCUUAUGGUAGCUGCACCGUUUUUGGGCACAACUUUCUUCAACUGCUAAUGACAUGCAGGGACAUCUGGACCAAAUAAAACAAAAAUGAAAUAUCUGUUUACAUCAAUGCAUGAAAUAAAUUGUUUUAGGUCACUCAGAAGUUCUAGGUUUGUUUUUUUUUUUAAUUUACAGUAUGUAUUUGCUGUUUUUUUUCCUUUAAAUCUGAAGUUUUGUGACCAGAUUGUAUCUUUUUACCUCAAAACCUUCAUGUGAAAUUAGAUUACUGUGGUAGUAAGUCAUUGGACAGCAGUUAUAUAUCAGAGUAUGAGAUAAUUAUGUUAAGGAAGGUGGAGAAUUAAAUUCCUUCACUUGGAGAGAGUAAGUGGAAAAAGUUGUAAUAUUGUGAUUAGUUCUUUUGUGGAAACUCAUGGUAGAGAUAUUCAAAUAAAUUACUCCUAGUUCUUACAGACAACCCUCUUACUGUAUUUGUGGGGAUAUCUGCCAGAGCUGCUUAGGCAAUUUUACUAGAUAAAAUUUGAGGCACUUUGAUUUUACUUAGCUUGUGUGUUGAAAAAUAGCUUUUCAAUCUGCCAGUUAUAUUUCUGCCUGUAAUAUGGAUUAAAAUAUAUAUUUUUACUUGAGCUGGUGUUAACAUCUGCAUGAAUGUCCUACCAAAAAGGGUAGCUAAAUUAACCAGUCAGUUUCGCAAAUGACCUCAAAAUUGAAAGUGAAUUGUGGGGGAAUUCUUUCCCCCUCAGAUGACUGAUGGCUAGUUAGUUGACAUAUAUUUUAAACAUUCAGUGUUACUUUGAAAUUAAUAGUUGGUUGUGAUUUGUUGUGUGUUGUCUUCAGCUGUACUUCUUACUUGAGAAGAAACCUCAAAUUUUUGGGUACAGAUUAUUUUCUUGCAGAUGAAAUAGUACUUGGGGUACACGUAGAAGUACCAGUGGAAGAAAAUUGUGCAUGUAUGAAAAGACUCAUAUGAGGUAAAAAUAAACACUACUCCCUUUCCCACUGAAGUUGCAAAAGAAAGAUGUGUUUGUUAUGUGAUACUGAUGCAGGGCAUAUUAGAAACAUGUUUUAUAAAUUUAACUACAGUGGAUCAGAAGAGGAAAUAUACAUCAGAGUUAGACCAGCCAAAGCACCAUGCAUUUGCUAAAUCAAACUGUCAUGUAUGAUGUUGCUUUUAUGUAGAAAUGCUCAUAUUGAAAUUAAAGAAAUGCAGCACUAAGUUUGAUAUUUCUGUUGAAGGGAAUGCCCUGGUUACGUACUUCGUAUGUGAUCUGUUAGCAAAAAAAAAAAUCGGUAACUGUAAUUCUGGUAACUGAAAUGUCAUGUUGUUAACCAUGUAGAACGUUUAAUGUUUUGUCCUGGUGGUCUCUACUGCAGAGAGACCACUGGAAAUAUGAGCCCUCCAAUUGUAAUUUUAUUGUUCAAAUAAAAAAGUUAAACGGCAUAUGUGUAAUAAGAAUUUGAACACCUGGAAAUAAAUGAA